GUAGAAUAUGUUUUAUAAUGUCUAACUUAUUAUUUAUUCCGAACACUUUUACAUGUCUCUAGUAACCAUAGCCAACCAUGGGAGAGCAUUGCAGUAACGCGUAUUGAACAGAAGGUGGCAAUAUAGUGCCAAAAGCACGCUAAUCUGUUGGAGAAAAACCGGAAAAUAAGAAAUACAGUCGCUAGCAACACAACACCUUGAGCCACUAUUUACUGUGAGGUUUCAACGAUGUGAAAGAUGAAGAUCGAGGACAGCCGUGACAUUCGUGUGAGGAGAAGAUGCUGAUAACGCUGUGCUACGUCUACAUGUGGGUGCGCUUCCACAAGUGCUACUCGGUGCUGAUCCGCAACAGCCUGUUCAGACUGAGGAGCAGCAGCAGCCGCUUUUGCUUCAGUUUCUGUCCCAGUUCGGUAUCCGCGCCGGCGUCGGUACCAGCAGCGCCGGCUGGACCGCAUGCAGCCGCUCCCCGACUCAUCCUCGGCUCCUCCGCAAAUGAGGACCACGUCUUCCUCCAGCUCGGAGACAAGGCCGUUUACGUCACGGAGCCGCAGGCAUGUGACGAUCUGAGCAAGUGGACCAUUCUGUUGGGAUCCUCUCUGGUUUGUGGUCCACAAAUAGAGAACAUUUCCUUCAUCAUAGAAGCUGCAGGACCCAGAGUGGGACGCCGCUCUCCUCCCACAACCAGCAAAAAAGUUCUGAAGUGGUCUGACUGCUGCCUGCCUCUGGCCUGCAGUCCUGACCAGCCGUUCAGGGCGGUCGCUCAGGCCAGCAUAGAGAACUUCACCCGUCUUGGAGUGGCGUUCAUCGAAGGUCGUCUCCAGCUGGACGAUGGACUCGUGCCUUUGAAGAUAGUCCCGGUUCUCCUUCAAGCUCGCACUCUCAGCAAGCUGCUGGAGGAUCGGCAGCAGCGGAGCGCAGACACUUCCACCACCAAAGCGUCCGUCCCUGAAACCGUGUGUCAUCACCUGAGCGUGGAGCCGCAGCAGCUGCAGGCCCGCAAAGGCAGCCUGUUCAUCCUCCCGGAGGUGAGGAGGGUGCUGGAGGAGCGCCGUGGGUCGGAACCGCUCCCCAGCAGCCAGGCGCUGGGCCCGGUCAAUAACCUGGACGAAAGCUGCUUGAGGAACCACCACCACAUGGAGGGCCACGCCCACCACCUCCACCUCUCCAGCUGCAACGAGUGUCUGGAGCUGGAGAACAGCACCAUCCUGUCAGUGAAGUACGCGUCGGCCGAGAACAUCCCCGACCUCCCGGACGACGAUUCUGUGGAUCUGAACAGCGUGGACGAGGGUGUGGAUGAACUGGAACACGAUGCCAAAGGGUUUUUCAGCCAGAGCAAGACGCUGCCCAAUGUUCUGGUGUACACCGGGGGCAGUCCGGACCGCUUUCAGGCCGUCCGCAAGGUUUUAUCGGAGUGUCUCAAUGUGGAAAACAACAUCAUCUACUCUCUCCAGCCGCAGCAGGCACUGAGCGACCCCUGGCUGGACAACACCAGGCUCCUGGUGCUGGCAGAAGACGGACCUCUGACCCCCGAGCUUCAGACCCGCUUUCUCACCUACCUGAACCAGGGCGGUAAGGUCCUGGGGAUGGGCUCCGCCCUCUGCCCGGCAGGUCUGCGUUUGGAAGCCAGGGACGGCCGACACAUGCGGGUCAAGAGGCUGAGCUUCACCAGGGAGGACAGCACCGAGCUGGAGGUCAGCAUUCUGGCGAGCGGGAAGGUCUACAUACGGGACCCUCAGGGAGGAGGAGAGGUGGAGCUGUGGGGGGAGCUGAAAAGCGACGCCCCCCAUCCUAGGGACAUGGUCAUUGUUCGGGUGACCCACGGAGAGGAUGGAGGUGAAGCUGUCCUUUCUCAGGUCCUCUUCGACGUCGCACCAGAGUCUCAGAAUUUGGACCAAAAAGGCUUCGAUGAGCUGAAGCUCGGCAAUAAGCUGCGCCACGAAAUCCUGACGGAGAUCCUCUCCUCUCUGGGUCUCAACUGUGAAGCAAACCGGACUUUAUGUGCAAGCCCGGUCCACCUGCUCGCCACCUCAAAGGAGGCCAGAACCAGCUUCAUGAAGUGGCUGCAGACAAAGUCCAAUCAAAACACGGAGCUGAAGAUCUCCAAGACUUGUUUCCGGGUAGUGUCUUCUUCUGAAUGUAAAGAAGGUCCUUCAUCUGAAAGCUCUUUGGCUCUCAUCACUGCCCCCGCAGGGUCGCAGGAGUGGCCUCAUUUUAGUUUUGAGACCUACAGAAAACACCUGAAGAGCAGCCUUCUGGGAAACACCGUGCUGUAUGCGGAGGUCACCACAUCUACCAUGGAUCUGCUGGAGGGGAUGACUCUGCACUCUCCAAAGGAUGUGGGUUUAAUCGCAAUAGCUGCUCGUCAGAUGCAGGGUAGAGGUCGGGGAGGGAACGCUUGGCUCAGCCCUCUGGGUUGCGCCAUGUUCACUCUUCAAGUCCAAGUGGAGUUGAGCUCCAAACUUGGGCAGAGAAUUCCCUUCCUGCAACAUUUGGCUGCUUUAGCCGUCGUGGAGGCUGUUCGUACUCUUCCUGGAUACCAGGACAUAGACUUGAGAGUGAAGUGGCCCAACGACAUCUAUUACAGCAACCUGAUGAAACUCGGGGGAGUUCUGGUGACUUCCACAGUUUUGGGAUCAACUUUUUACAUCCUAAUAGGGUGCGGCAUCAACGUAACCAACAGUAACCCGACGGUGUGCAUCAAUGACCUGAUCCAGCAGUACAACCGGCAGAACGGCUGCAGUCUGGAGCCUCUCAGCUGCUCCAUGCUCAUCGCUCGCGCGGUAAACUGUCUGGAAACGCUCAUCAGACGCUUUCAACAGGACGGUCCGGACGCCGUCCUGCCCAUCUACUAUAAGAGAUGGCUGCACAGUGGAACUCAGGUGCGUCUCUGGAGCGAUGAAGGACCGCAGAUGCAGGUGGUGGGUCUGGAUGACAACGGCUUCCUGCAGGUGUACAGUCAAAGCCAGGGCGUGGUCUCCCUGGAGCCUGAUGGGAACUCGUUCGACAUGCUGAGGAACCUUGUGGUCAUCAAGCAGCGCUAGAGGCGCGAAAAGCAACAUCUACUACAAGCAGCACUUGAUUGGUGGAUCUCUAGACGUUUACUUUUAUCUGUUUUUACUCGGUUACAGCACGUUGACUCUUUCUGAAGAAAGAAGGACCAAACAGGAAGCACAAACCAUGAAUCUGUUUUAACCACAAUUGAUUCACGUUUCAACAGCAGUGGGGGACUGUGAGCACGCUGGCUCCAGAGGUCGCAUGUGCAACUGAAUCGUCCUGGGUUCACGGAAAGUGUUGACUUUGUGCAAACACGACUGUCGCAGGAUGUCGCCAAAGAGAGCCCAGGGAUUUUCAAAAUAAAACUACACAACUCCGAUUACUUUUUUCAAAUUGAUGCCUGGCAUUAAGCUAAAAUUCAUCCCAGCAAAGCACUACAGAGAAAUGUAAUUAUAUAUAUAUAUAUAAAUGUGUAUCUUUAGAGCAAGUUUAGUUUGAAUGAAUAAAUGGAGUUUGUGUAUUUACAGAAAUGCCGCUCAGACAUUCCUGAAGAAACGAAACCUCAUUUCUAACAUUUACACGCGUCUUAAUGGAAUCCAUUGCAUUAAUACUCAUCCAAUCGUCUGUGAUUGGCAGCAAUACUGAAGAUAACUGAGGAGUACAAUUGUUAAGUGAACUGAGCAUUUCAUGAGCCAAUCACACGCCAGCAAAUCAAGGCCGCUAACCACCCAGAUGAGCUAAAGCUAAGCUAAACAUUGAAUUAAAAAAAUUGGAAACUUUGAUGUGGCGUUAUUUUCUAUCACAAAAAAAAAGGUUUUCCUGGAAAAUAAGUGUCCAAAUAUGGAAGUUUGGGAUAAAAAUUAAACCAAAAGGUUCCUUUAAACUUGAAUUUUAGAGUUAUUUAUCUCUGCAUUUAUAAAUGCCGCCGCCUCACAAUUGGCUGAGAAUAUAUUUGUGUCUAUAAGCACUUUGAAUGAACGAACUUAACAAAGUGGACAUAUAGAGUGUGUGCCAUAGUCGACAACAAAUACAUAUUUUUAUGAUAUAUUGUAUAUUUAAUCAUUGAUGUAGAUAAACAGGAAUACAUUGUUUAAAAUGAACAGUGACCAAUAAAAGUUUGUUGUGUUAAAUAAACAUUUUCAUUAAAAUUUGCA